AUGGAUAGAUAUAUUAUACCAAAUAUAUUCAUUUUGCUUGUUAUUAUAUCUUCCGUGGUGGCAGACUUGAUUAUAACAGAAGAAGAGGAACGCGAAAUCUUGCAGUUUCAGAAAUUAAUAUGUCCUCCAAUUGGAGAAAUAAACGAAUUUGAGUUAACGACUUUAUAUACUACGACGAAAAUGUUUGGAUGCGCCUACCUGGGACUCGACAAGCCAAGUAGCCCUAUACCAUUGUUUCAUUUGUGGGUGGAAGAUCCACAACUCGUGAUAGACAACAAUAGAGACAUGCGUGGAAGUUGUCGCCGCACGCAUCAAAUGGACCACUUCAUGUUCAAAUGUAUGUCAAGAUUUGUACCAACCGAUAAAGUAGAAUAUCUAAACAACUGGAGGUAUGCAUCACUACUGGAAUAUACUGCAGGUCAUCAAUAUAAAAAUAUAACCACAAAGAAAUCCUAUAGAUGUGCCAUGUACCAUGUGGUUAACGAUAUCGAAAUGGAUAUUAGAUCAAUCCGGAUGGUGAUUAGUAAGCCUGUAACAGGAGAGACAUUUGAUAUAAGCCAGUGCGACGGGUUAUCGGCUCUUUUGGGACGGGAAGAUCUGCCAAUGCUCCCUAAGGGGAUGCGAUAUUGGCCGGACGGAUCCAUGCUCCUAUUUUUAUUAGGAAGAGCGCCGACUCCCGGAACUUCACCCAAUCCAAUUACUAAGUUUCUUCCAGGCCAGGAUAACAGCACCAUGAAAGGGCUUCUACAAAAAUAG